UGGCCUCGGACUCCACCUCCCUCCAGGAAAGGACUGGGGCCUCUGUAGGACCCUGGGGCCUGCUGCCGAAGCUGCUAACUCAUGGAGUCCACAUUCAGCAGCCCCGCGGAGGCGGCGCUGCAGCGGGAGGCGGGAGACCCGGCCCUGCUCACUCCUGUCUCUGACCUCGACCAAGUCUACGAGCUGGAACGAGUUGCCGCGUUCAUCGGCGACCUGGACUGUCCACGGGUGAGAGUGGGCGACGGGAGUGGGUAUCCUGUGAGCCCGGCAGGUGGACACAGCAGCCCGCCACAGCGUGCGGGCCACCCCCCGCCAGCCCGUCCCCGACUCCACCAUGGUUUAUACUCACAGGUGGCUUUGCAGUUCCCUGACCGUCUCUUGGGAGACGCUAGGGCUGUGGCUACACGAUUGGAGCAGGCCACUGGAUCGAAGAUGUUCAUUCUGGGAGAUACGGCAUAUGGCAGCUGCUGUGUGGACGUGCUGGGUGCUGAGCAAGCGGGGGCCCAGGCCCUAGUGCACUUUGGCCCUGCUUGCUUAAGCCCCCCCUCCCGCCCGCUGCCCAUCGCCUUUGUCCUCGGCCACCGUCCCGUGGCUUUGGAGCUCUGCGCUAAGGCCUUUGAAACCCAGUACCCAGACACCACAGUGCCGGUGGCACUGCUGAGUGAGCCGGCCUGCGCCCACGCCAUGGAGGCCUUGGCCACUCUCCUGCGCCCACGCUACCCGGAGCUACUAGUUUCCAGCCCGGCUCUUCCCCUGCCAGCAGGGUCCGUUGGUCCACAGCCUGAGCCCCUGGAGCGUUUUGGGCGCCGCUUCCCCCUGGCCCCAGGGAGGUGUCUGGAAGAGUACAGUGCUUUCUACGUGGGAGGUUCUGAGGUUGGCUCUGACCCCGACCUUGACCCAGACUUGAGCCGACUGCUCUUGGGAUGGGCACCAGAACGGCCUUUCUUCUCCUGCUGCCCAGACACGGGGCAGAUUCAGGAUGAGGGUGUCCGGGCUGGGCGUCUGAGGGCACGAAGAUACUACCUGGUAGAGAGGGCCCGUGAUGCCCGAGUGGUAGGGCUGCUGGUGGGCACACUGGGUGUAGCCCAAUACCGAGAGGCUCUGGCCCACUUGAGGAGCCUGACACAGGCUGCCGGCAAGCGGAGCUAUGUGUUGGCCCUGGGGCGGCUCACCCCAGCCAAGCUGGCUAACUUCCCUGAGAUGGACGUCUUCGUGCUGUUGGCCUGUCCCCUGGGCGCCCUGGCCUCCCAGCCUUCUGGUAGCUUCUUCCGGCCUGUGUUAAUGCCCAGUGAGCUGGAGGCUGCCUGCAACCCUGCCUGGCCACCCCCGGGCUUGGCUCCCCACCUCACUCAUUAUGCGGAUUUGCUGCCUGGUUCUUCCUUUCAUGUGCCCCUCCCCCCUCCUGAGUCUGAGCUGUGGGACACCCCAGAUGUAUCACUUAUUUCCGGAGACCUCCGGCCCCCACCUGCCCGGAAGGUACCUGAGGAGACUGGAUGCUCAGCCCUGACUCCUCGGCCGCAGCUGGCGCUGGCUGAGAGCAGCCCUGCAGCCUCAUUCCUUAACUCCCGGAGCUGGAAGGGCCUGGAGCCCCGCCUGGGUCAGACACCAGCGACUGGAGCUGUGAGUGGACGACGAGGAAUCGCUAUCGCUUACGAGGAUGAAGGAAGUGGUUGAUACCAUGCGGAUCCAUUCACAAGCAGACUUGUGAAUCACUGAGGGCCUUUGGUGUGUCCCGUCAGCCUGAAGAGAGUAUGGGAAGAGGCUCCAGUCCCAUGCUGCCCUGGAGCUAGCAUAAGGGUUGGCAUACCCCAGUGGAGGAAAUGCCUGUUUGAUUGACCAGGGGCAGGGCUUAUGGGCUUCCCUGAGGUCUGAGCCCAUCUCUCCUGGCAAGUCCCAGCUGCUGGUCCACAGGAAAAGGGCUGCCCCUGGGUAAGGGGAAGGUCCUGGCAGGUGUAGUCCAGCUACCUCCGCCUCAACACGUUAACGUUUGGGUUUUGACGAGUCUACUGUGGGGUCUGUACUGUGCGUGCUGGGCUGUGUAGUAACAGCCCAGUCUUCUGCCCAGCAGCAGCAGCAGCAGCAGCAGCAUAAGCAGACACCACCACCCCUGCUGGGACAAACAGAAAUGCUUCCAGAUGUCCCCCGAGGGUACAUAAUGGGCUCUAGUUGGGAAGCACUGGUGUCGACUUGCAGGAUCCACACGAGUAGCUCCAGAGGGGCCAGCCCAGUGGGGGGACAUGUCCAGUGUCACUGCUGGCCAGUGCUGGUCUGCACUAGCUCAGACUGAUUUGUCAGGGUGAGCUGAGAAACUCAAAUAAAGCAAAUCGUUUGUCAGCCUCUGCUUCUUCAGAUUCAUCCAGCACAGCAGGUCCUGUGGCUGGAAAUGUGAAUUAUGUUUAACCAGGUUCCCAGGCUCUCAGUGCGGCUGGGAGGAGCCAUGGUUAAGUCUCCAUCACUGCAUUGUGAAAUAGUUCCACCUGGACAGAAACUAGUGGUGCACAGAGGAACCUUCCAAGGGGUCGUUCCUGAGCUCAACAUGAUUUU